CUGAGGGCAGCGCCUUCACUCGGAGCCGCCAUGGCUCCACCCCGUCCCUGGCACGCUGAGGGCAGCGCCUUCACUCGGAGCCGCCAUGGCUCCACCCCGUCCCUGGCACACUGAGGGCAGCGCCUUCACUCGGAGCCGCCAUGGCUCCACCCCGUCCUUGGCACACUGAGGGCAGCGCCUUCACUCGGAGCCGCCAUGGCUCCACCCCGUCCCUGGCACACUGAGGGCAGCGCCUUCACUCGGAGCCGCCAUGGCUCCACCCCGUCCCUGGCAGGCUGAGAGCAACGGCUUCAGUCGCGGGCUGAGGGCGGCGCGGCCAGCCCGAUGGCCGCUGUGUUCCUGGUUACGCUGUACGAGUAUUCGCCGCUGUUUUACAUCGCCCUGGUGUCCGUCUGCUUCCUCGUCACCAGCGCGCUCGUCCUCGGCUGGUUUGGCUUGGGUGUUCCUGUUAUUCUGAGGAACUCAGAAGAGACAGAAUCCAGCACAAGGGUAUUGAAAAAGCGGAUGAGACAAGUGAAGAAUCCUUUUGGGUUGGAGAUCCCUAAUCCUGCUACAGCUUCAGUAACAAGGGGUGUAACACUGACACCUGACUGCCUGGAGGACUGUGUCCUUACCUGCUACUGGGGCUGCAAUGUCCAGAAACUCCACAAAGCGCUGCAGAAACACGUCUACUGCUUCAGAAUAAAGACUCCUCAGGCAUUAGAGGAUGCUCUCUACAACGAAUACCUCUACAAACAGCAGUACUUCAUUAAAAGAAAUGACAAGUCAGAGAAGUAUUGUCAGUUACCAGAAGAUGCUCAAGUUGUGGAUUUUGGCCCUGUGCCUAGAGCUCGCUAUCCCUUGGUAGCACUGCUGACGUUGGCAGAUGAAGAAGACAGAGAAAUAUAUGAUAUUAUUGCAAUGGUAGCUGUAAUUCACAUUCCUGAUGAAAGCUACAGACUUUCCUGCCGAAUUUUGUAUCAGUAUCUCCUCCUAGCUCAAGGUCAAUACCAUGAUCUGAAGCUUUUCUCCACAUCCAGUUCCAGGACAGCUGCUCAGGCUCAGGAAGGGAAAGCCGUGCUCCACAAUCCUCAGCUCAGCUCUCCUGCAGCUCCAGGGUACACACAAGGUGCUGCACACCUCCAAACCAGGGAAGGAAUCUUCCCCCACUCAAAGAUGCUGUUGAGUUUGGAGGCAGAACAGAGCUCAACUGGGGGUUAUCAGACAUCAGUCUCCUGCCAGCAGAACUGUGAGAUACAGCUAUUGUGUCUUCCCUGAUCACAUGCAGCACAGCACAUUUGGUUUGUUCACUCCAGUUCCUGAGGGUCCUCAAUUUCAAGGAUUUUCCCUGUAGGGAAAGACUGCCAGCUCAAAAAGCACCAGCUUGGAGGGAGCCUGGUAUGGAAUACUGCUGGCAGCAAGGCUGAGGAUGAUUAUGGCAAGUGAGGAGCCCUGAAGGAGUCAGACAUGGCAUUGUCUCUGCUUGCCAGGGUGAGCAGAGCCCUGUGGGGCAGCACAUUCCAUUGAUCAAAGUAAGACCCAGGUAUGGCACAGCACAGCUUGAAAAGCAAUGAUUUUCAUUCACCAGAUGCUGCCAUACGUGAGACAAGGUUGGUGACCCAGCUGCUGCCUUUCUCCUCCCAGAUGCUCAGUACCAAACCCUGGCUGGAGUGGCUGCAAUAUCAUCCAAACCCUCCUCUGCUGAGACAGCUUGAAUGACACUUGAAAGAACUUACCUUUACAUUUUGCUCUAGGACCAAAAAGGAGUAUUUGCCAAGAGCUGGUGAAUUCCCAUUAAAGAAUGACUACAACUUU